CAUGAAUCCGCUCCACACCGCUGGAUGAGCUAGUAGAGGCCACCAAUGCGGUUGCUGCGCGUUUUGCUGGCGUGGUGCUUGGCCAAAGCAGCCAAGGUCUAUCGGUGCAAGUGGCCGCGCUCGGUGUUGAGCUCUGGCGACCCCAAUCUGAUGGUGACAGUUGAUGGAUCAGAAGUGAGGUGUGACCGAACUGGUGAUGCCAACUAUAUAUGCCCAGCUGCGUGCGACUAUGGACACAGCAAUCCAGACAGCUGCUUUGGUCCCAUUGAAGAUGGGGGUGUUUGCAAUACUGUCUGGGAAAGAAAUAGCCAGUCCUUCUACACCAUGGAGAGCUUCAACACCACGCAUGCGUGCACCCGGCGUUGGAACAGUGAUUGCUCUGCAGACAUGGGAGGUACUGCUUGCCAUGAACUUGGUCAGUGUUACGGGAGUUAUCAGAUGAUCACUUUCGAUCAACCUACCUUUCUGGAGAAGUAUGGCUACGAACCCAGUUUUCUACAACAGCCCUGGGAGAUUCUGGAGCCACCGUCGUGUGCCGGGCACACCAGCGCGGAAUGCUGCAUGCUGCGCAUCAACUACUAUCGCUGCCUCCACGGCGCACCACCCUUGGUCUACCAUGAAGGGAUUGCAGCCAGCGCGCAGGAGUGGGCCAGCAAGCAGGACAAGGGUAGUAUCCAUUCGAACUGGGGGGGCAGCUUCUUCCCUCACUACACUGAAGUCCUGACGUGGGGCACUGACAGCUGUGAGCGCGGAGCCAAGUCCUGGUAUGCUGAGAUCGGGGUGCAUAACUUCAGCAUCAAUGCUGUGCAAGGCGGCAGCUACAACUCAGGCCACAUGGUGCUCCUUCUAUGGCACAACCAUACCAUGCUGGGCUGCGGCUUUGGCGACAACACCAACGGUAACCCCAUCGUGGUCUGCGAUUUUGCAUGGGCCCAUCAGGGGCACAAAGGCGAUGAUGCCUGGGAAGCCAACCUCAGGGGACGGACCGGAGCUACUCAAGAUGAAUGUCGCACUAUUGCAGAGGGCUCCUUGAGUUUCCCCGUUUUGCAAGCUGGCGAUGACAUCAGCGCCGAGCAAGUGGCUGCGUUGAGGUCUGGCCAGGUGCCCGGGCAGAACACGGAGCAAAGCAGCACCACUGGAGCCACUGGAGGCACUGACACCGCAGGCACCACUGUGGAUGAAGAUGGCUCCGUCACCACCUCCAGUGAUACGGGAAGCAAAAGCAGGGCCAGCAGUUGGAGUUUGAAUGCCUUUUGGCUGGCCUCGGCGGCCCUUUUUUCAGUUUGGUGACCAGAUUGGAUCUGAGCUCAACUCACUGUGUUCACAGGGUGUGCAGUUUCUGUUUUUGUUUUGAAACCAGGCCUCACCCUGAAGGGGGAUGGCAGGAAGUGUGGAUGUAUAUAGCUGCUUGGGCAAAGUUUGGCUUGCAGCCACUGGUGCUGCUCUCAUGCCUCUGCGAGUAGCCCCAAAGAUGCGGCAAAA